AGGGCUCCCUCCUCCUCUCCUAAGGAGAUUCCACAGCCUGUCUUGAUUAUUCACCCUCCUCAUCAGUACAUCUUUUCUGCUCUAGCUUAACUCCUGCUAACUACAGUUUUAGCCCAUUUUCCUUUCCCAAUCCGAAGCCAAGCUGGAGAACAGCUGUUUGCCACCCCAAGAAGUGUGUCUCUUUCCCUCCCUUCUUGGGGCUUGACUUCAACAUCUUCUGGGUCACUGCAGGUGUCCGAGGCCCUUGGAAAGUCAUUCCACAGACAUUUCUAGAGUUCCUGCCGUUAACCCGGCAUUUGCAUCCUUCAAAACAGAUGAGGACCCUGAGGCCCAGAGAGGUUAAGCCAUUUAGUAAUGGCCACACAGCAGGUGAGGGAAGCCAGUGUCAUUUGCUCCAGUGAAAUUCACACCUGGAUCCUCUUCACAAUCUCCCAGCUGAGACAGUGGUUCCCUGGCAGUUCAGGUGGGAGUGACGAUCUUCGCUGGCAAGGACUGGGUUGCUUUUUGGAGAAGUCCCUGCUGAAGUGGCAAAGAGAUUUCCCAUGUGACACUCCGAGGUGCCUUUGAGGAAGGCUGUCUCUGAGGACCUCCCUUUGAGCUGAUGGAGAACUGGGCUCUCCACGCCCUCUCUGUCCCCAGCUGAGAUUAUGGUGGAUUUGGGCCAUGGCCCAGGCCUGGGCCUCCUGCUGCUGACCCAGCCCCGGAGGCGUUAGCAAGAGCCCUGUGCCAUCCACCCUCCCAGAGACCACCCCUCCUCUCAGGGGCCUGGAGCUGGCGAGUGACUAUGCGGCUUGGGCUGUGUGUGGUGGCCCUGGUUCUGAGCUGGACGCACCUGGCCUUCGGCAGCCGUGGUAUCAAGGGGAAGAGGCAGAGGCGGAUCAGUUCUGAGGGGAGCCAGACCUGCUCCAAGGGCUGUGAGCUCUGCUCAGAGGUCAACGGCUGUCUCAAGUGCUCGCCCAAGCUGUUCAUCCUGCUGGAGAGGAACGACAUCCGCCAGGUGGGCGUCUGCCUGCCGUCCUGCCCUCCUGGGUUCUUCGACGCCCGCAAUCCCGACAUGAACAAGUGCAUAAAAUGCAAGAUUGAGCACUGUGAGGCCUGCUUCAGCCACAACUUCUGCACCAAGUGUAAGGACAGCUUGUACUUGCACAAGGGCCGCUGCUACCCAGUGUGUCCCAAGGGCUUCGCAGCUGCCAAUGGCACCAUGGAGUGCAGCAGUCCUGCACAAUGUGAAAUGAGUGAGUGGUCCCCAUGGGGGCUCUGCUCCAAGAAGAACAAGCUCUGUGGUUUCCGGAGGGGCUUCCAGGAGCGAACACGCAGGGUACUCCACGGUGCUGGGGGGGACCAGGCCCCCUGCACCGACACCCAGGAGACCCGGAGGUGCACAGUGCAGAGGAUACCAUGUCCUGAGGGGCAAAAGAGGAGGAAGGGCAGCCAGGGCCGGCAGGAGAAUGCCAACAAGAACCCUGCCAGGAAGGAGAGCAAGGAGCCAGGCACUGGCUCUCGGAGACGCAAGGGGCAGCAACAGCAGCAGCAGCAAGGGACGGUGGGGCCGCUCAUGUCUGCGGGGACUACCUAGGGACAUGGUCCAGCCUCUGGGCUGUGCAGGAGGAGUCCAGCGCUGCUCUGUGUGAUGAAAGCUUUCCUGAACUGGAGUAUGGGGGGCAACACGUACACACACACUCCAUCCAUCCAUGCACACACAGACACACAAAUCCUUGUCCAAAUAUGCAACCAUACAUACACGCACACAUGUGUUGUGUGUACAAACACAUGCACACACACACAACUGAGGCCACUAGAAGAUACUUGCAUCCCUCAGGCCAGCCGUGCACACUUUGUUUACAAAGCUCCCAGCGGACGGACAUGUCAGAGAGAAUGUGUCCCAGCAUCCGAGCCCAAGCUUUGCAGAGUGGAGCCUUCUGGAUGAGCUACUGGGAUUGGACUGGCUGGUGGCAGAUGGGAGCCAAAGCUUGAGGCCUGCUGGGGCCCCGGGGGAGUGGUCUUCUUCCUACCCUGUUGGGCACUCCCAGCUGUGUGACUUUAUUGUUGGAGGGUAUUGUUACACAUCCAUGGUACCUAUCAGGGCUAUCCUGACUCUGAAAACUGCUUAAAGUUUAUUUCAAAUUAAAAAAAAUUUAACAAUAGCAGUAGGCACA